CCUUGCUUUCAUCAUAAUCUUAGUGGAAUUUGCUGAAUAUGCUUUCAUUCUCAAAAUGAAGACACAAGGCUAUCUUGUCUAUAUAUAAUUAAGCUCUAAGCUCUAGUCUUUGCUCUUCCAUAGCUCUUCUUGAUGGGUUCAUUAGGUACAGUCAUGAAGAUGGACACUGUUGGGAGGGCCGCUGGAGCUAAAUAUGAAUGCUUGCUCUUUGACAUGGAUGAUACUCUAUACCCCUUCAGUACAGGUUUCAACUUGGCUUGCCGCAAGAACAUAGAAGAAUUCAUGCUGAAAUACCUGAAUAUUGAAGAAAGUGAAGUCCCAAGAAUGUGCUUGGAAUUAUACAGGGAAUAUGGAACAACAAUGGCUGGUUUAAAGGUUCUGGGGUAUGAAUUUGACAACGAUGAGUUUCAUGCCUAUGCUCAUGGAAGAUUGCCAUACGAAACACUGAGACCAGAUCCUGUGUUAAGGAACCUUCUGCUUGCCAUGCCACAGCGGAAAAUAAUCUUCACGAAUGCUGAUAAGGCACAUGCGCUACAAGUUCUGAAAAGGUUGGCCUUGGAAGAUUGUUUUGAAGGCAUCAUAUGCUUUGAAGCACUUAACCACCCUCCGCUGCAACCACCUGCUUUGAAGUCACCAAUUCUAUGUAAACCCUCGCUGGAAGCUUUCGAAGCUGCUAUUCGGGUCGCAAAUCUUGAUCCAAAGAAAACAAUUUUCUUUGAUGAUAGUGCUCGAAACAUAGCUAGCGGCAAAGCAGCAGGGCUUCACACAGUUAUAGUGGGGAACUCAGCGCUGGUGCCAGGUGCAGAUCAUGCCUUGCGUAGCAUCCACAACAUCAAAGAAGCAAUACCUGAGAUAUGGGAUGGCGAUGAGGAGCAGAUGGAACAAGUUAUCCAAGCAGCUGCUGUUGAAACCGUGGUCCUUGCUUAGAUUUCAGUUCAAGUUGAAAAUUAGAGAGGCUGCCCUUGUUAUAUUAUUAUGGACAUGGGAAGCAUUCAUCUUAAGCUUAUUAAAUAAAUGACUAAAGCUCACUAAUAUAUCGAUAUGUACUUAGAAUAUAAGCAAAUGUUUCUGUAUUUAUAUUGUAUCUAAGAUUUAUGUACUAAACCCAGACUUAUGGGUAGGGAUGGUGUCACCCUUUGAAAA